AAUGAUCUGGAUUUUCAAAACAAGAUGCAAAAGUCUGCAUGUAAAAUUUAAGUUAAGGUUAAUUGUAGAAAAUAUGCUUUAAAGCAGGCAAUCUUAAUUGUGUGCAUAAGGUACAAUUCCAAAACAGAAAUUUGUCUUCUCAGACAAAAACACUUAAAAAUGAAGACAUGUUAGGAGUUGAUUAUGCAUAAACAUGCAUGAGCGCGCGCAUUUUCCCCCUCCACUCCCCUAAUGUUUGCACACUUUUGGUUUGGGUUUACUUUGGAUAUCAUUUUUCUCUUCUAAUUAUGGCAAUUUCAAUUUGUCCGUUGUGAUUUUGUGCCCAGUGUGGUGCUGCUAACCAUGUCUGUGGAGUGUUGAAUUUUCAGGAGCAUCCGAGGCCUUUUUGCGUGGAUUUUCUGGUCGUUCAUACUAAAGUGAGGUCGGGGGACACAGCAAGGCCCAGAUUUUGAGACUACUGUGUACUACUAGCGAUCAUAAUCGCUAGCAUAUUGUUAUGUUCUGGGGACGUAGAGCUAAACUCAGGUCCCGAUCAGGGCUUAGAGAAAACUUAACUCCAAGGCCAGUUCUAACGACCUUGAUUCUAAAUUAAUGCUCAGCCAUUUUGAACCGUCAGUAAAAGCUCACCAGAAGUAUUUUUUAAAAAUUGAUUGAUGGGCAUAUUCAACCCAUUAUGACUUACAUUGUGAAGCAUGGGGCACUAUAGCUAAUUUGAAUAUCAUUAAGACUUCAUUUAUCUUCCCUAAGACGAUUUCUAAAAGUCCGAGUACGAACUCUUAACAGAUUAGUUAUAGUGAGACGUCGAGAUGUCCAUUUAAUCAUCAAUAAUAUAUUUGUAAACGCUAUUAAGUAUUCGUUACGUAUUUUGUGCAUGCCUGUAAAUAGAUUACUUAACAAAGCGUGCAAUAUGUUACAUCUCAACAGUCAAAACAAAAUGACGAGGGCCUCUUCUGAGUAUUUCUUGUUAUUUCAACAUUGUUAUGGGCAUGUCUUGGAGAACCAAGAGGUUGGAGACCCUGACCCUUUUUGUUUCUGCUUUUAAACAGAGGUUUCAGGGUUGUUAUCAACAAGACUGAAAUUAUGUUCAAAGAACGUUAUGAACCAUCGAUCUUUCAGAUCUUUCUCAGUCAAUGUUUAUUUAUACAGCUUGUCAAAUGCUGGUGUUCAAAGCACCCUGGUUAGAAUUAGACUAAGGGUCUCGAUCAUCCAUAAAAUCGCAUGCCCUAAGAUACGUAGUUAACCCCAUUGCUAUGGAUCGUAACUGUCCGUUCUGUCAUGAUAUUGAAGAAUCAGAACUACAUUUCAUUUUUAUUUUCCCGGCAUGCAAUAAAUUCGAUAGAAAUUCAUACCCAUUAUACUGCUUUCUAGUGAGCUCAUUACGGAGAACAAGAGAGGGGAAAGCAUACAUUCUUGAAGUGUCCCCAUGUUGGAGGGUCUGAUCCUCUGAUACUAUUUAUUCAGUCUACCUGAACAGACGAACCAGACCCUCACAACAGCUGUCGGUGGAAUUAUUAUUAUUAUUAUUAUUAUUAUUAUUUGUUGUUGAGACCAUGCAGUGUCUACGGCCAAUCCUUCAAGAACGGUCAAUAAAACUAGAUCAGUGUUGAUUUCCAAACCAAGUAGGCCUUUACAAGAUGUGGCUGGACCGUGUUAAAAGCGCUUGAAGAAUCAACAUAGGUAUUCAAGUGUUGUAGGAUAGCAUCCAAAAGACUCUAGAAACCUCCCUUACCAUACCCUGUAUGGCCUGUAAUCAAACCACAGAGGAUCAUAGUCAUGGGAGAAGCUUAUCAAGUUGCAUACAACCCUUCCCAACACUUGGCCACAAGCUAGAACCACAGGCCACAAGUUUUCGGCGGUUGUAGCAUUAGGUUUCUUUAGCAUUGUUAUUAUUGUCAUUCAGGCCUGCAGCAGCAGAUCUCUACAGCACUGGUAUUAUUAGAAGAUAAACUGCUAAACGACACGAUUGCUGUUGUUUAAACGAAAAGGUUUCAUCCCCAACCCCCACAAAAAGUGUUUUAAUUAUCCCACCCCUUUUUGGAAAGAAAUGUGGAAAUAUAAUAAUAAUAAGAGCCGCGCAAAAUAUUCUUGCGUAGACAGCAUAGUAACUGGUUUAGGAAGUCGCACAAUGGAUAAACGGAUGAAAUAAUUUCCAAAUGACAAUGCUUUCGGUGAAUGUAUGAGCUACCCAACAUUAAUCGACAGCAUUUUUUUAAAAAUCAAGAAUGGUGCUAUUAAUGUUGAGUAAUCACUGGUCAGACGUUGUGGAAAACUACCUAAAUAUUUCUUUCGGAAUGGUGUCUCGAGAAGGGGGAGAGCGUGCAUCCGAAGGAGUGAAUAAUACUUUGUUGUGCAAACCAUAACCAUGGCAAUAGUUGAAAACUAUAUUAGUAGUUUCCCUACUGUAACAGCGCUCGGCCACGGCGUGACAGGCUCGACGAGCAAGAGUGAGGAAGGGGGAAUAUUGUGCCGUUUCACGUGGCAACACGCGACGUUGGUGUGGUCCCGCCACCCCGAGUAUACACCAGCUGAAUGGUCUAGAACUCUUGAGCGGGGCCGCGCCACCCUCGCAUUUCUUUUCGUGCUGGUGUGUGCGCGACGGGGUACGGCCCCACUGACAACACGAAUGGAGGUCUCGGUGUGUGACCGAGAACACUGGUUCUUAUCGCGGUGAGGCGUCUUGAGGCUUUCUUCAAUGACUACUCAGUUAGAAUCAGCUAUGGACACCACAAAUAUCAGCAAGAAAAGUGAAUCGCAGCAGGAAGAAGGCGGAAAGAAAGAGAUGGCCGAAAAUGAAAAAAAGGAGUUGGCACUGGGAAUCCUAGAAGACGAGGAGCUGUUUAUGACUGUCACUCAAGAGGACCACGACACGUGGCAGCAAAGAAUGGACCAGAACGAGGACACCUUGAAGGCGCGAAAAGAAACGUUCGACAAGUGGCAGGACGACCUGGUGCGUCGUCGAAUGUUCGCGUACACGCGCAUGAAAAAACUACAGAACUGCUUUCGCCAACGUCUGACCUUCUACAGUGACGUCAACAAGCUCAUCGACGCUAUGGUCAAGAAGGUGGAUAGUGAUGGUGACAAGAUGGCGCUCGCCACGCCAUUUCCGGACAUCGCCGGCGCGGACGACAGCAGCAAGAACCCUCAAAUUCAGCAGCAGGAGCCACAGGAACAGCAGCAACAACAAGAAUAUCAACAGCAGGAUCAAGAACAUCAACAAAAGGAUUCAGAUCAACAAAUGGAGGAACAGGAGUGACGGAGUGAGUGUUUGAGACAGAGAGAUAGAGAAGAGGACGUAGAACAUGCAAGCUAAAUGCUUCGUUUGUGACAGUACAAAAUUUGUUCAAGAACAAUGGAAGAUUAUUGAAAUCACAGCAUAAAAACAAUAGGGGCAGCAUUAACAGAAAUAACAGAGAUGAUGAUGAUGAUAUAAAUAAUAGACAUAUAUAGCCACGGACGUGUAUAGGUGGACUGCUGUCUGUCUGCCGAGACCAACGCUUAGCCUCUUUCAAAGUUCUCCACUG